GUCAACAUCAGUGCACAAUGCCUCGGGCUCGAAAGGCUGGAGUAGCCUCUGCUGACCAGUUCUCUGCAAACCUCCAAAGCGAGAGCAGGAAAAGAAAACGAGUGGAAACUGAGGAUGCAGACGCGCAAGGCCAAAGAAGUGACAAGCGCACGAAGGAGACCAACGGAGUCACACAUCAGGCCGGACUCUCUUCCAAAAGCUCUCUGGGAAAGCGCAAAGUAGAUGUUGUAGCCGCAGACCAUCUUGAAGUCGACCAAGAAGUGGACGGACCCAUACCGAGUCUCAAAGAGGAGGAGGCUUUCAGACAACGACGAAGUCCCAAGAACAAGAACAAGGUACAAAAAGACCAAGACGCGCCAGAACCCUCCACAACUGCCCGUCGGACACCGAGCAAGACUGGCCGCAGGCCAUCGGGUCGCGGCCGUAAAGUCAAGGCCGAGGAGGAAGAGGAAGAGGAAGACGUUCUAGACGAUUCUGAGUCUAUUGAAGACGUGGGAAAGUCUAAGCCAAACUCAAGACGUCCACGCAAGAACAGGACUACACAAGCCGGAAACAAGAACGAAGAGUCAGACGAUCCCGACACUGGCCCAACACCAAAGCGCAAACGCAAAACAGCAGCUGAGCGCGAAGCAGAUCGUCUCGCAGCGAUGGUUCCACUAGCAGCUCGCGCGACGAAUUUAAGAAUGUUCGUUGGCGCGCACACCUCCAUAGCCAAGGGCGUCGAGAAUGCCGUGACAAACUGUGUUCAUAUCGGGGGUAAUGCAUUCGCUUGCUUUCUUAAAUCUCAGCGAAAAUGGGACAACCCACCACUUGCUGACACGAAUCGUGACGCCUUCAAGUCGGCACUUCUCGAACACAAAUAUGAUGGCACGCAACACAUUGUUCCUCAUGGGAGUUAUCUCGUCAACCUCGCCACCGAAGACGAGGCGAAGUCGGCGCAAAGCUACGCUACAUUCAUUGACGAUCUUCGUCGCUGCGAAGCUCUCGGUAUACGUUAUUACAACUUCCAUCCCGGCGGUGCGGGACAGUCACCUUUCAACGAAGCUGUUGCUAGGCUUGCGGGAAACCUCAACCGUGCCUUGGCCGAGACAAAGACCGUUGUUCCACUGCUCGAAAACAUGGCAGGGCACGGGACUUUGAUCGGUGGCCGGUUCGGUGACCUGCGCGACGUGAUCGACCUGAUCAAGCCAGAAUUCCGUGCCAGGAUCGGAGUGUGUAUUGACACGUGCCACUCUUUUGCCGCCGGGUACGAUCUGCGCUCCCCCGAGGCGUUUGCGGCCACCAUGAAAGAGUUUGAUGAGACUGUCGGGCUGAAAUAUCUCAAAGCGUUGCACCUGAACGACAGCAAGGCACCUUUGGGAAGCCAUAGGGAUCUCCACCAGAACAUCGGCCUGGGUUUCCUCGGACUGAGAGCCUUCCACAACGUGAUGAAUUUCCCGGCGUUCGAAGGGUUGCCGCUCAUCCUCGAGACGCCGUGUGAACGACCUGAUCCGAGCGAUCCGAAGGGGAAGAAGACUAUUGACGACAAGAACGUGUGGGCCACAGAGAUCAAGCUUCUGGAGAGUCUGAUCGGAAUGGACGUGCAGAGUGAGACAUUCAAAAGUCUAGAAAAGGAUUUGGCGGACAAAGGGAGAAAAGAGCGGGAAGCAAUGCAGAAGCAGUUCGACAAGAAAGUGGAGGAGCAGAAGAAAAAAGCGGCCAAGCUUGAAAAAGGACAGACAUCUCUGCGAGACAUGUUUGGAAAGAAGGCCGUAAAGGCGGGGGCGACCAACGUGAAGAAGAAGGGAAACAAAAAGAAAGUCAAGGGCGAGGAGAGCGAGGUUGAGGACGAAAGUAGCGAGUUGAGUGAUGUCAGCAGCUAGACAAGUAGGAGGACGAGUCGACUCUUCGUAUGCUGGUGUACCAGGAAUGUCUGAACACGACAUGAUUCCGUAGCACCGGACACGACGUAUGUUACAUACGUUCGAGUAUACCAUGACAUUGAGAGUACCUAGGUCAGUGAAUGAGGUUUAAGCAGG